AUGUACAACUUGCGAUUCACAGCCUCUACGUUGAAACUCUUGCUUGAUUUUAAGCAAUCUAGUGCUCUUUACCCUUCUAGUGAGCUUAUGCUUCUUUUUGCUGAUCUUUUGGUUGUUUCUGAGCAAAUAGAGAUUGAAAGGUUUCUGGCCUUACAUGCCUAUGAGUAUUUCUAUGCUGGGAAGCGUUUGCGUCCUUCUCUAGUUGAUUUCCAGGCCUGGGUGCAUAUUUGGACUGAAACAACUGAUCCACAAAUUAUUAAGGUAGAAAUAGUAGAUUCAGCUGGUUUAUCCCUUUGGAGUGCUUAUGUAAUAGCUGUAGCAAGAGAAGUCUUGGAGCGGAAGAGUCUUUCUUAUCGGUUUCGUUUGAAAUUCCCUAAGUAUCUGAAAAGUGAGUGGCUUAAAUCGACUGACUCAACUGGCUUGAAGACAAAAUCUAGUUCUAAGCACUUGUCUGUACUGAUUGCAGCUGAUUUAGUUGGAGCAGAAGAAGAAGUUGCUGAUAAGGAUGAAAGUGAGACUAGUUUGGAAAUUAAACCGAAAAAAGAUAGUGCCGGCUUACUGGCCUUUGCUCAGAAACGAGCAGCUACUGUUUUAGAGACUAGUAGUAAGAAAGUUCGAUUCUUGCCGCCCGGUCGUAUGUAUAAGCACCAGAAGACUUUCCGGGUUGGUGCUGAUGUAUCUACUCCUGUUCGGAUGGUCUUCUAUAAACAUCAUGGCCAAGUACGACCCUCUUACUAUGGAGUGAAGAAGAUGGGGCCGGUCUUUCCUAGAACGAGAUGUUCAGUAAAGAAGAUCUUGCCGGAUGAGGAGUAUCUCUAUGAUUCGGAUGAAGAAUGGGUAGAAGGUGAUGGUGAAAGUAUUGGGGAAGAGUCGUUUGAAAGUGAUGAGGAUGAAGAUGAAGAUGCUGGCUGGAUUGAACCGGAUAAUACUAAUGAAGCUUUAUUUCGACGUGGCCAACUACCACGGAUUGACUAUCCUGUUUGUCAAGAGUAUCCCUUGGAUGAAGCUUGUGCCGACUAA